GUACUUAGGAGGCGUGGCCCCGUGUGUAAACUUGCAUGGUGGGACUGGUGGAAAGUUUAGUGUGUGAGUGGCAGCUGUGUGCGCUGGCGGGGCUGUAGAGUGCUCCCUUCAUUCGGGCAGAGUCAGCGCAGAGCCGGAUUAGACCCUGUAUCAAGGUUACAUAACUUGAGACAAUGCCUGCUUCUUGUGAAUCACUAGUGGACGACAUUGAAGACAUCAUCUCAGUAUCCGAUCCAAAACCCCAUGAUCGUCAGUCGGCAAGACAAAACAUUGUUCCCAGGGUACGGAAACGAAAUAAGGACCAAGUCCUGGAAGAGCCACCAAGUGACAGCACAAUUCCAGGCACGCAGAAGAUCUGGAUACGUACAUGGGGUUGCUCACAUAACAACUCUGAUGGAGAAUACAUGGCAGGACAAUUGGCAGCAUAUGGCUACAACAUUACAGAGCAUGCCGAACUGGCAGAUUUGUGGCUACUGAAUAGUUGUACUGUGAAGAGUCCAGCUGAGGACCAUUUCAGAAAUUCCAUUAAAAAAGCACAAGAAGAGAAUAAAAAAGUUGUUCUGGCUGGAUGUGUUCCUCAGGCUCAACCAAAGCAAGACUACUUGAAAGGCCUUAGUAUAAUUGGGGUCCAACAGAUCGAUAGAGUAGUGGAAGUUGUAGAAGAAACAAUAAAAGGUCACUCGGUGCGACUGCUGGGUCAGAAAAAGGAUAAUGGAAAACGGUUGGGGGGAGCUCGAUUGGAUUUGCCAAAGAUUAGGAAGAACCCACUGAUAGAAAUCAUUUCCAUCAAUACAGGCUGCUUAAAUGCGUGUACAUACUGCAAGACAAAACAUGCUAGAGGAGAGCUCGCCAGUUACUCGAUAGAAGAGUUGGUCGAUCGAGCAAAGCAAUCCUUCCAAGAGGGUGUCUGUGAAAUCUGGCUGACCAGUGAAGACACCGGGGCGUAUGGCAGAGACAUUGGGACAGAUCUUCCUACUCUUCUUUGGAAGCUGGUUGAAGUUAUCCCUGAAGGUGCAAUGCUGAGACUGGGCAUGACCAACCCCCCUUACAUUUUAGAGCAUCUGGAGGAAAUGGCUAAAAUUUUAAACCAUCCCCGGGUGUAUGCGUUUCUUCACAUCCCAGUGCAGUCUGCUUCAGACAGCGUCCUUAUGGACAUGAAGAGAGAAUACUGCGUAGCAGACUUCAAAAGAGUGGUGGAUUUCUUGAAAGCGAGAGUGCCCGGAAUUACAAUCGCUACGGACAUCAUCUGUGGCUUUCCUGGAGAAACAGAUGAAGAUUUUAAGGAGACGUUAAAACUAGUUGAGGAGUACAGAUUCCCUAGUCUCUUCAUUAAUCAGUUUUACCCACGGCCAGGGACCCCAGCUGCUAAAAUGGUGCAGGUUCCAGCUCAUGUGAAGAAACAACGAACAAAGGAACUGUCCCAACUGUUUCAUUCAUACAACCCUUAUGACCACAAGAUUGGUCAGAGGCAACAAGUUUUAGUAACAGAGGAAUCUUUUGACCUUCAAUACUAUGUAGCCCACAAUCGAUACUAUGAACAGGUCCUUGUCCCGAAGGAACAAACAUUCAUGGGGAAAAUGGUUGAAGUAGAAAUUUUUGAAGCAGGAAAACAUUAUAUGAAAGGACAUCCUUUGUCAGAUUCCAAGGUGUAUACUCCAUCCAUCGCACAACCAUUAGAAAAAGGAAAAGUUUCUGGCCUGUCUGAGGAGUGCAAGUCAUUGCUGAACAAUGGUUCCAGUUCAAGAGGGAAGCCCCCUGAUGAGCGCAGCGAGGCCUUCCUACAAACGUCUUGGAGAAAGAGAGAAGAGCAGAUGAAGAUUGUCUACUUUUUUGUUGCUGUCUUCGCUGUCCUAAUUGCUUUUCUAGCGGCAAAGUUGUAUCAAGUUGAAAUUUUAGGAAAUUAAAAUGUUUUUUUUGAGGAGUUACAGGAGACAUGGAUUCUGACCAGUCAACCAUAGUAUUUAGUAGAGAACGUAUUUUAUUAUUUUGACAUAUUAUACAGUAUGUACAGGUAGCAAAUCUAGCAGACUAUUUUUAAAUCAAGAACUGAAGGCGUGUUUACACAUAAAAGCUUCUAAAGUGUAUAAACUACAAAAAACAAGUUGUGAUUCAUCAUGGUGAACGUUGGACAGCAUUAUAGCUUCCAGUUUGACCUCCUGACCAUAGGGACUGCGUGUGCACUUGUACAGGUUUGCUGAGUGCAUGGACCCUUCUGGCUGUUUGUAAUAUUGCUGAAAGUUAGAGAAGAUUUGGGUCCCACCUCUGUAAUGAUUCACAACUGGUGUACUGGUUAUCGUUAAAUUUGGUCAAAAACAAAAAAAUGUAUAACCUGCCAUCUAACAACAUUCACAGCGGGGCUAUAUAUAUAUUUUGUACUUGGACAUGUAUGAACUGUUCAUAGUUGAGGAGGUGAACAGAGUGUAUGAUCUGAUCCUCAUAUAUAAUAUAUAUGUUUUGGGGAUUUUUUUUGUUCAGGAAACGUCAUACUCUUUUCCUCUGGAGUGCUUUGUAAAAAAACAGUGUUUUAGCCCUUUGCUCCAGUUUAAUACUAACCUGUGCUUUGCCUGCUUUUUUUAUUAGUGACAUUUUAAGUGGUUUGGUUGUGUUAUGAAGGUUGUCCAUGAAGUCAGCAUCACCUUUUUCUGACUGGUUAGCUUAAAUGGACUUUUUUCUUUUGCUUUCCGAAGUGCAGUCCCAUAGGAUGUGAAAUGUAUAGUACAUACAAUUCUUUUUUAAGACUGUACCACUGUCCCUAUUGAGGAAGAACUUUGCCUAUAUUCCAUAAGCCUGAUAACUGGUCAGAAGACCAAAUGUACUACAAGAAUGAGUUUUACCAAGAUAUAUUUCAUACUAAUAUCCCUUUCUACAAAGUCAGCAUAUAGGUGAUAGUUUGUGUUAUAUCUACAGUCUGAUACCAAAGCUUUUAUGGAGUAUUUUGUUUUUCCAUCCUUUAACAUUGCUUUCUACCAGUUGAGUUUAGCUGUCACCAUUUUACAUAAUCUUAGGAAGAAUCCAAGGAUGCGUAAUUUUAGAAUAUUUUAAUUAUUCUAGUAGUUAUUUUACAGUUCUCACAGUCAUGGUGUUACUGUCAGCAUUCAUAUUCUCCUGACUUCAUUUUUAUUUUAUUUCUUCAAAUUGCAUGUUCAGGUGUUUUUUUUUUUUUUAUAAUUGUGUAAAGAGCAGUGGUUUGUGCAGCAAUUGUUUAUAUAAGUGUUUUCUAUUGGUGAUGAAUGCCUUAGACCUUGUAUGCAAAGAUUCUUAGGGGAUUUGUAAUGAAAUUGAAUAGAGUAUUAAGAAGCAGAUAUUAAGUCAUUUUUUCCACUAUAUGGAGGUUAAAGGGGAUCUCCGGGACUUUACCUAAAUUCAGUGUUUCAGCUAACCUGUGGAAGGUAGUUCCAGUAGUACUUACUGUUCCUUUAUACCACUGGUUCAAUGAUCUCAGCUGUGAUCACGUGACCACCCAGGUGGAUGCAGGCUCUUCCGCUGAAGUCCCAACCGGACAUGCUGCGGUUUCUUGCUGUUCAGCUGCAUGUACAUUAUGCAGCUGAAUAGGAAGACCAGGAAUUCAUCUGGUGGAGACCUCAGCGGAAGAGCCUGCACCUAGCUGGGUGGUCCCAUAUUCACAUUGGAGAUCAUGGAAUCUGCGGCACACCAGGAGGUUAAGUACUUCUGAAAUUCUCUUCCUCCUAUAGGUUAGCUAAAUUUACAGUAAGUAAAGGCCCAGAAAACUCCUUUAAGGUAAUCUCAAAACUUUGCUUAUUGGGAUGUAACUGAUUUUGUCACAAGCCUUGGUGUAAACCGAACCAUACAGUUACAGUAGUGUUCUAGCUGUAUUGUUUAAUUUAAUAAAUGCUCUGAAAAAAACUCAUACUAUGUUUUGCCUAGAGCAGGGCCUGAAGGGGUGGGGCACAUUCAUGUGUCAUGUACUGCCCCCUCAGGAACUGCACUAGGCAUAACCCUGUUCGUUUAGCUAUGCCCUUUAUGUCUUAUAGCUGCAUUUGAAUUGUUGAUUUGACUGAAUGGUAAUGACAAUAUCCGGACUGAAACAUGCAAACUGUAGAAUUUUUCUGUGCACAAAUAAAGAUCCAUGGAC